CAGGCGCCGGCUGCCGCCGCUGCUCUGCCUCCUCGCGCCCUGCAGUGCCCGCUGGAGCCCGCUGCCAUCCUCUCCACGACGUGCUGCCCUGCGCCCGCAGCCAUGUGCCGGACCCUGGCCGCCUUCCCCACCACCUGCCUGGAGAGAGCCAAAGAGUUCAAGACACGGCUGGGGAUCUUUCUUCACAAGUCGGAGCUGGGCUCCGAUACCGGGAGUGUUGGCAGUAAACACAGCAAAGAGGGCAGAAACUUCCCAGAAGACGUGCUGGCAUGGAGAGAGUCGUUUGACUUGCUGCUGAGCAGUAGAAAUGGAGUGGCCGCCUUCCAUGCCUUCCUGAAGACGGAGUUCAGUGAGGAGAACCUGGAUUUCUGGCUGGCCUGUGAGGAGUUCAAGAAGCUCCGGUCGGCCACCAAGCUGGCGUCCCGGGCGCACAGGAUCUUUGAGGAGUUCAUACGCUGUGAAGCCCCCAAAGAGGUGAACAUAGACCACGAGACCAGGGAGCUAACCAGGACGAACCUUCAGGCCGCCACAGCCGCGUGCUUCGAUGUGGCUCAGGGGAAGGCACGCGCCCUGAUGGAGAAAGACUCGUACCCCCGCUUCCUGAAGUCACCUGCUUACCGGGACCUGGCUGCCCAAGCCUCGGCCACCACCUCCUCUCCGUGCAGCCCAGCCGAGCCCUCGCACACCUGAACCUCAGGGCCACGAGGAAGCCAGCUGAGCAGAGAGGUUGAGUCACCCAGCCCCGAGAGGGAGGCAGGUUCUGCAAAGCCAGAGAGGACAGUGAAGGGACAUCUGGCGACAUCCUCUCCUCCAGAUACUACGGGACUGAAUUCCAUGCACAAGAGGGUCCCCCCACUUCUAGGACCUGUGGACGAGGGCUGAAGAGGAGGGUUGCACGGGGCUCUUGGGGAAAACAACGGUGGCACAAGGAUCACCACUGGCUCUGGCCAUUCUCAGUGGGGCAAGGAAUCUUCCAGGGCGCUUUGGGAGACGUGUGGAUAAAGGGAAUCUCAAAAACGAGAGCGGGGAAGACAACCAGGUCAGCCGUUUUGCCUGUUGAACAGCUGACUCUGGUCACAUCCUGCUUCCCUGAUUCCCAGACCGUCCUGGUCCAGAGGGAGCCGUGGAGGUGGAGCCUUCCUGACUGGUCCUCCUCGCCUGCCUCUGGGCUGCCCUGGGGGCCCCUAGCCUGCACUUAACCCUCCUGCGCUCAGCCUUGCAGUCUUGUCAGGGCCAGAGAACCAAUGCGAUGCUUGCCCCAAAUGGGGUUUUCAGCUCAAGAACUGGCCCUCGAGCCCCUUUCCAAAUCAGUAGAGAGCCCUGAAAAGAGGCCGCCUGGCUCUUGCGAAAUGCAUCUUGGUGCUCUUGGUGCCCUCUUGCCCGUGGCCCCGACCCUGCGUGUGCAGCCGGGCCCGCUGAGGGCCUCUUGCUGGGAUGUGCCCUCUCUUCGCUCAGGCUGCCCUUGGGCGUGGGGCUCAUCAGGAGAAAGGCCUGGGCCUCUUGGUGAGCGGCCAGUCCCGCUCUUAUGCCGGGCAGCAUGGAGCCAGGGAGAAAGGGGUCCUAAGAAACAAAUCUCUUGACAGUUCCAGAAAAUCCCAUUUAAAUCAAGACAACAUGUAUCUUUUUUUUUUUUUUUCAUUGGGUAUGCGAACAGGGGAAAAAAGAGAUUCCCCAGGAUGGAAGGGGAGCCUUGUGUUUCUUUCCUGUGGAUGUGAGGUGCACUUAUGGGGGUGUUGGGAGGAACGGGGCAGGGACCUGGAGGGCCCUCGGCAGCCCAUAGAAGCUGGGGAGAGAGGAUGUGGGAAGAGCAGGCCUGGGGGAAAUCAGAACCUGCUUGCCACCUCAAGGCAUCACGGAACACACAUUCCAUGCUGGGACUUGUGCACCGGCCUGGGCCGGGGGAGGUGAAUGAACCGGGCAGCCCCUCUUUGGCCCCAGGAAAAUCAACACUGCUCUCUCUGCACUAUGAGCUCCCCCGGGAGCAAAGUGUUUUUCAGGUCUGACAGUGGUCACCGCACAUGUUUUGUUGUUGUUUCUGUCCUUGUGUUUUGCUGUUAUUUAUUGUUUGAAACUUGAGUUUGCCUCCACUGGAGACUCUCAACAGUACCUGGCAGCCUGUCUGUCUCCCUCUCCACCAGACUCUACCUCUGAACUUGCUGGGAACCUCUCGGCACCUGUCAGGAACUCCCCACUGUUUAAAUAUUUAUUUAUUGUUGACAACUGGAGCUGGUUUCCUGGAUAUAAACGAUGUACUUAAUCUCCCCUUUUUCCUGUUUCAGCAUGUUAUUUUAUUGUGGAAUAAAAAUAAAACCUAAAUAUGA